AAAAUCCCCCACCUUUUCUCUUCCUCGAUACAAAUGCCCCAAAUCCAUCAUUUCAUUUCUUGUUGCAUGCGCCGGUUACAUUGCUCUUCCUCCGCUUAACUCGAUUCUCUCUAAGAGGUAGGUGCUAGGUCAUGGCGGUUAAGAAAUUGAACGACUCUCUCUCCCUUAUCGACGAGGUGCGCAAAUGGGGCUCUUUCAAGCAGAAUGGCGUCAGCCUCAGAUACAUGAUGGAGUUUGGCUCCAAGCCGACCGAGAAGAACUUAUUGAUUUCCGCUCAAUUUCUCCACAAAGAGCUUCCAAUCAGGAUUGCCAGAAGAGGCGUUGAACUUGAGAGCCUUCCCUAUGGCUUAUCCGACAAACCUGCCAUUCUAAAGGUGCGUGACUGGUAUCUGGAAUCUUUUCGUGACCUUAGAUCCUUUCCAGAUAUCAAGGAUACAAACAGUGUGCUUGAAUUUACUAAAAUGAUCCAGAUGAUUAAGGUGAGGCAUAACAAUGUUGUGCCAAUGAUGGCAUUGGGUGUCCAGCAGUUAAAGAAAGGAUUGGAUCGGAAGGUUGAUUAUGAGGAUUUGGAUGAGAUUCAUGAGUUCUUGGAUCGUUUUUAUAUGUCACGAAUUGGAAUCCGCAUGCUCAUUGGGCAGCAUGUGGCACUACACGAUGAUCCCAAUCCUGCUCCUAACUGUGUGGGUAUAAUCGAUACAAAGAUGUCUCCUCUUGAGGUAGCACGAAUAGCGAGUGAGGAUGCACGCUUCAUUUGUUUACGUGAAUAUGGAAGUGCCCCUGAUGUGAAUAUCUACGGAGAUCCAAAUUUCACAUUUCCUUAUGUUUCAGCCCAUCUUCAGCUGAUGGUUUUCGAGUUGGUUAAAAACUCCUUGCGUGCUGUCCAAGAACGGGUUAUUGAUUCAGAUGAGGUUGCACCUCCUGUUAGAAUAAUAGUAGCUGAUGGGAUUGAAGAUGUUACCAUUAAGGUGUCUGACGAAGGUGGUGGCAUACGAAGAAGUGGUCUCCCAAAACUUUUUACUUUUUUAUAUAGCACAGCGACAAACCCCUUGGAGGAGGAUUCAGAUCUUGGAAAUGUCAGAAUGACCAUGGCUGGUUAUGGAUAUGGGCUUCCAAUAAGCCGUUUGUAUGCUCGAUACUUUGGAGGGGAUCUGCAAGUCAUCUCUAUGGAAGGAUAUGGGACCGAUGCGUAUCUACAUUUAUCUCGAUUGGGGGACUCCCAAGAACCAUUGCCAUGAAUGCUCUUUGAGUUAAAAGGUCUGUGUGUUGUAAUAUGUGAAUAUGCAGAUGAUGUUGUUACUUUCUUAAGUGUGAAGAAAAAGGAAACAACCAUAGCCUGUUUCCUGACAACUAAUAACAUGAACCAAUCCUAGAACCUUCAUAUACUAUUUUAUUUUUCUUUCAAUUGUUGUAAAUCUGUAAGAGAUGAAGGCAUUACAAAGAUUGCAAACAAUAAUGAGGGGAUAACUGAAAACAAAGAAUUAUUGUUACAAUAGUAAUCAGUCCUUUCCUUUA